CCCGUGGUGGUCCGCCAUCCCGCCUUUGGUCCGUGUUGACAGGGUCCAUCACGGGUCCAUGGUGGCCGGGUGUCCCCUUCAUGCCCCGUUCCCCCUCCAUGCCUCUGCCGAGGUGACCCGCGCCUAGCCGGGGCGGCGCGCGGGGUCACAGGGAUGCCAGGAGCUCUGUGACAGGCCUCAGCGGGCGCCAUGAGCUCCUUCUCGGGCAAAAUUAAGGAGUUUCCACAAAUCUCCGUGGAUAGAUUUGACGGACGGAACUUAGCCAGCACCGCCUACUUCCUCAGCCACGCACACUCAGACCACAUGGUCGGCCUGAGCUCGCCGCAGUUCCUGGACCACCUGGAGAGCAACAGCGGCGUCUAUCUCUACUGCUCCUCCAUCACCGCUCGCUUCCUGCAGGCCUCCAUCCGCCACCGCCCGCUGGACCCCUUCGUGCGGCCGCUGCCCCAUGAGGAGUCCGUCAAGAUCACGGUGCCCAAUGUCGCGGAGGAGGCCAGCCACCAGCUCUGUGUUACCCUCAUACCUGCGGGACACUGCCCAGGCUCGGUCAUGUUCCUGUUCGAGGGGCGUGGUGGAACGGUCCUCUACACGGGUGACUUCCGCACCAGCGUGGGUGACGUGGAGCGCAUCCGUUCGCUCCACAACACUGACGGAACGGUGAAGACGGUUGACUCGCUCCACAUUGACACCACGUUCUGCCACCGCGACAUCCUCCACUUCCCGACGAGAGAGGAGAGCGCGGCGGCCAUCGGGGACUUGGUGGAGGAGUGGCUGGCGCGCGGCAACAACCACUUGAUCCACCUAGUGUGUCCCGCCAAGUAUGGGUACGAGUAUGUGUACCGAAGCCUACACGAGCGCUUUGGGAUGCGAGUUCACGUGUCACGCUGGAAGUACCGAAUGUACGACACUGUACCGGAGAUUCAGGACGCCCUCACGCCUGAUGCUACCGAGACCUGGGUCCAUGCCUGCGACUGGACGAUCAACGAGGUGGAGGAGGGUGAGGGGGGUGACCACCCAGCCGUACGUCAGCUUCCGUGUCGCUGCGUUCCCUUCGGAGUGGACACGGCGCCCAGCAUACGUGUCAUACGGCCCUCGGCAAUGUUCUAUACGGUCUAUCAGUCUGCUAAGGAGGUCAAGCAGGUCGUGAGGGACGGAAGCUUCUGCCGAGUGCUGCUGUCCAUGCACGCCUCCUGCUCCGAAGUUCUUGAUCUCGUCUCGUACCUCAGGCCACGGAAGGUGUACCCCAAUGUCAUACCUACCAACUCAACCCGCGAGGAGGUGCUGAAGCUGCUGCACGAGGCUCUGAACCGCUCCGGCGACCACUACAGCAUUGAGUACGGCGGCGCCCAGCAGCGUCGAUCACUGGGCUCCUUCAAGCGUCAGCUACAGAGCAACGAGAGCAGCAGCAGCAGCACCCUGGAGGCCGUCAUGUACGACGGCUUCCUGGCCUCCCCCUCCAAGCGCCGCCGCCACAGUGACAGCAAUGUGACCCUGGUGCUGCCCACGCCCCGCGGCAACAUGAAGGGCUCCCUGAGCCUGGAGGGGGAGGCCCAGCGCUGCGAGACAAACACGGCCGCCUCAAACACCACCGCCAACGCUGCCACACCGGGGCCAUCGCCGGGGCCGUCACUGGAGUGGGUCGACCCGUACUCACCCUCCCCAACCUCCCCCAGGUCAUCGCCGUACAAGUUCCCCGACAUCCCCACGGCGGGGCAGGAGGACGGCCCAGGGCUGAGACCAAACUGCCCCGUGCGUGUCAACCUCACGGCAAGGAUGGAGAGUGACGGUAGUGGUGGGCGGCAGGUGAUAGUGAAGGCGCGUGUGCCCAAUGUGGGUCCUGGUCUUGGCCUGGGGUCUGGGGGGUCGCAGAUGUCAGUGGACGGCGAUGUGGAGGAUGACACGGAUUCCCACUCGGUGAUCAGCUUCGUCAAGACCAGCCAGGACAGCAUCGAACUGGCAUCUGUGUUCUCCGAGGAGGCGCGAGAGAGCCCCGGCCCCGCCUCGGGUGUGUGCGUGGAGCGCCCCGCAUCCUCGGCGGGUGUGGCGGGUGAGAGCGCCAUGAAGCGUAGCCGCAAGCUGUGGUACACUCACAAACACUUCAGUACGCCAGUUCACGACGACCCUGAGAAGACUCUUAAGACCGAGCCCAAGCCGCCGCUGGGACCUCGCUCCUCCUCCCUGCCCCUGCCGUCACCCCGCCAUGCCUCCCCACCGCUCUCCCCUGGCCCCGCGCUGCCCCUCAUCACCGUGUCCUCCCCAUCUGACCCCGCCAGCGCUGAGUCACAGGUGUCGGACGAGACGAGUGUGACCGCCAUUCUCAGCAACUCGGAUCUUGAUGUCAUGUCGGUUGACGUUGACCCAGACCCGCCACAGCCACCAGACCGCCCCUCCGUCAUCUGUGGCCCUGCAGUGGGGGCAGGGGUGGGGGUGGCUCCGAGGGGUGAGGGAGGCGAUGGUGCGGAUUUUGAGGAUCUGUUGCUGCGCUCCCGUCGCGGCGAUGAGCGCACGUCCUGCCUCAAGACCACCCGACGGAGGGACAACGAGGUGGAGGUCGUCACCUUAGACCAGCAGACACUCUGAGACCCUAUGCUCCUCCUCCUCCUCCUAACUCCUUUUCUUUGUUUUUUCUUCUAUUUUGCUUCCUCCCUCCCCCAUUUAAUUUCCUUUUCCCUCUCUUUCUUCUCUCCUCCCCUUUCCUCCUCCUCCUUCCCUUCCCUAGCACCCAGAUUUCCAGAUUCAUUCCUCCUCCUCCUCCUCCAGUUCCUUCUACUUUUCCUCUUUUCCUCCUCCUCCUCCCUGUUCCCACAUUCCCAGAUCCAUUCCAUCGUACGAAGACUCGUAACCAACUCGUAAACUUCAGCUUCCCAACCAUUCCUUAUGACCCGACACUGACCACACCACCGAGACAGUGCCGAGAGUGCCAGUGAGUGCCAGUGCCACGCCCCCAAGAGACAAGAGCCUGUGUGUGUUUGUGUGUGUGUUGGGGAGCGACGCACAGGAGAGGGUCAUUACCGAGGUAGGUAGGAGGGCAGUUCACGUACUUAUCGUCGUCAUCAUCAGCUACCUAGGACUUGGUUCGGCCGGAAGUGUUGGUGUGUUUGUGUGUUUGUCCGUUUGUUUGUUUGUACGUGUGUGUGUGUGUGUGUGGUGUUUGUUAGUCUGUACGUGCUCGCCCUUCCUUCCUUCCUUCUAGCCUGGUAAAGAAAUGAUUUUGUCUGGUGAGCUGAGGUGCCGGAAAGUGGACUGUUUUUGUAAUAAAGAUUAUUUUUUGUUUA